AUGCUAGGUACACCAUUGGUUUGGGCUGACAGAGUCAAUAGCAAUUGGAAAUGGCCAAAUAUCGAUGGAAUCCACAACUUCAAGGAAAAGCUUGUCCACUCCGCCAAUUGGGAUCAGGAGUAUGACUUUACUGGAAAACGGGUGGCAAACAUUGGGAUUGGCUCAUCUGGAGUUCAAAUUGUCCCCCAACUGGCUAAAGUCGUGGACUCGAUGGACGUGUAUAUCCGGACGCAAACUUGGAUCUCUCCCGCACCUGGUAUAAAUGAGCCAACGGAAAAUGACCCAGAGAUGGAUUCGGAGCUGAAUUUCACCGAAAAGACUCUUGAAAUGUUCAAAGAGCCCCAGACGUUGCGUGACUACCGGGCCGCAAUUAUGGAUCGGUGA